AUGGCUCGAGUUCAUGUCGGUAUGUCGAUAAUUUUCAUGACUAGAGAAAUACUCAUCAACAGGAAUGGCGUACCACAAUACCCAAAUCGACGUGACACUUUUAUUUGGUACAUUUACAAGCAGAUCGGUAGCUACAUAAAGAGAAGAGGUUCCAGAAACAAAAGGAUGAAGCAGAAAAAAUCAACAAAGGAAGAAGACGGAACUCAGUUGAGUGCAUUGAAUUAUAUAAGUUAUAUAAUUAUGAAAAUAUCAAGUACUCUAAACAGUUCCUUCAUAAAAAGAACAGUAUUGCUGGAGACAUGCAUUUUUGGUGACAAACUCUACACAAAACACCUAACAACGGCUGCGCCAUUGGUCUUCCAUGAAAAAUUCAAAUAUAAGAAAGAGUUAGAUAAAAAAUUAACAUUGCCAUGCCUGAUUGAACUAUUCAAAGAUUCUGUGGUGAUAUUUAAUCUGCUAGAAGUGACUCGUAUGAAGAACUCGUGUCAGUCACAGAUGAACAUACUGGCUACCAAGAAACUGCCUGCCUCCAUCUUUUUCUUUCCACCAAGUUACAUACAGAAGUAUCACACUGUGAAAAUGUUUCCAUUUAAAGAUUGCCAACCUAUUCUCAAAUUCUGGGUGGAUGCCAUCAUUUAUAGAUCUUCAUCCUGUUUUUUACUCUCACAGGUUACUAAACUGAGGCAAAGUGAAUUGAUGAAAGAACUCAAGUCUAGAAAUGCUGACAGAUGUGUCAUGCCAGACGCAGAUAGCUUGUGCCAUGACGAUAAUAAGUGCGUAAUCUGCAAGUCUUAUCUGAAAUACCUCGGAAGGCCGUAUUGCGCACACAAACAACCUAACUCUAAAUUAGGCAGAACUGGGGGAAGAAAUGAUUGUGACGACGACUAUGAUACUGAUGACUUUUGUCGUAAUAAUUAUGAUAAUGGUGACGAUGAUGAUGAAUGUAACUGCAGUAAUGCAAGUGGUAGCAAAGCCAGCCAUGAUGGUGAUGAUGAUGGUAGAAGAGAUUCUGAUAUAACCUCGGCUUCAAUCAAACAAAGUUAUCCUGCACUAGACCUGCCUCAGAAAUGUUCGGCGACAAGUUGCAGCAACAUAUGCAGAGCCAGCUCGUGCAUUGCUAGAGGCACAAAGUCCAGAUCACAAGCUAGGAAGAGGGUGGAGUUCUGGCUGGCCCAGCUGCAAAUGUUGACAUGCAAACCUGUUGACGAAUUCACUAACGUUCUCAGGAACAUCUACGUUAAGGAAUAUUCACGGGCUCUUCGUCUUUAUAAUUCAUUCGUUUGCAAAAAGUGAAAAGGAUUUGUCGGAGUUUUUCUGAGUUUGUGUGCCUGUGGGUUUGCCUAUGGGUUUCAUGCCUAAUUCUGCUGGAGUUUAAUAAUAUUUAUAAUAAUGUCUGGCUGGUAUAAAUUAAAUAAAUACUUGAUUGUCAAUGGCAGUAGUAAUUCUAGAAGCGGUAGUAUUAAUAGUAGCAGCAUUAGUAGUGUUGGUAUUGUUGUCGAAUUGUAUAAAUUGUUAUAUAUUUCAUGCAUUUGUGAUAUUCGUUCUUACAGCUAUUUGACGCUUCAAGUGACUGAGCCACUUGAAUUUUGAAGUAUUGUAAGGUUCUGUUUGCCAGAUAUAAAAUCUCAAUAAAUGUAAGUGAAUAUAAAUAAACGCGUGAUAAUAAAAUUUAUUUUUAUUGCUGUUCUUAUUUCAUUUAUUCAUUGUUAUUUAUAUUAUACGUGCAAUAAAACGUUAUUUCGUAUUUCCGUUGUCAGCUGAAACUUUACAAUUAUUUCAAACACUUUUUUUCCUAAUAAAAAUUACUUUGUGAAUGUUUGACUCUUACAAAAGUUAAUGAUUAAAGUUGAAUAAACUAUAUAUUCAAAACGUGUCAAUUACAGUGCUUUUUAAUUCAUCAUUCGGGCAAAGUUCGUCUAUAAUAUAUACUUUUAUACACGAAGUUUUGCAAAAAUCUACUAAAA